GAAGACACAGAUGGCAAAAUGGCGAUGCACAUGAAAUACACGAGUUGCCUUUCCUCCGUGGAGAGAGUUAUGUUCCUCUCCGGGGCCAACAGCUUCAGUGUGGAAUGUAAACGCUAUGUUCGCGGGCUGAGACGGAGGCCCGUCAGCGUGAUGUUUCCCACGGACACACACCUAACUGCUGCAGUCGCCAAGGACAAGAAGGACGGGACAACAAGUCGUGACGGAGGCGACUUGAUGAAGAAGAGGAGCAACAUCAUGAUGAAAGAGGGGAGUAACAUCAUGAUGAAGAAGGGGAGUAACACGAUGAAAGAGGGGAGUAACAUGACAAAAGAGGGGAGUAACAUCACGACGAAAGAGGGGAGUAACAUCAUGAAGACAUCUCACCACGUGGCUGCUGCCAACAUAGAUGGCUAUCCGUUCGAGAGGGCCUUACCUGGCGAUAAACGUCUGGCGACGCUGGUGAGCAUCGCUCGUUCCAGAACAUUCCGGGAGAAACAGGGUAAGAUCCUGCUGGAGGGGCGGCGUUUGAUCCGCGAUGCCUUGAAUUCCGGCGCCGUUCCUCAGACGGUCUUUUUCAGCACCGCCGAACGUCUGCGGGAGCUCCCCUUGGACAAGCUGAGCAGGGCCUCGCUGGUCAAAGUCCAGUUUGAAGACAUCAAGCUGUGGUCUGACAUGGUGGCCCCCCAAGGAGUCAUAGCAAUAUUUUCCCGCCCUGACGCAUCACGGCUGCACUUCGCUGAGCGCGCACAUUCCGUGCCUCUGUCGCUCAUCUGUGACCAGGUGCGUAACCCUGGCAACCUGGGCACCAUGCUGAGAUGUGCUGCUGCUGCCGGCUGCCACAGUGUCCUGCUCACUAAAGGCUGUGUGGAUGUCUGGGAGCCUAAAGUCCUGCGAGCUGCGAUGGGCGCCCACUUCCAUCUGCCCAUUCAUCCCAGUUUGAGUUGGGAGGAAGUUGAGGAUCAUCUGCCCAAAGAGGUCACCGUGCAUGUGGCCGACAGCACCAGCCAACCUCUUCAGAACAACCAUCAGGAACCUGCGUCUCACGCACCUUGCAAACCUGGCGACUUGGGCUGGGUGAGUGUCAAGUCUGGCCGUCAUCAGACACAAGUUGAGGAAGAUGAGUGUGAGGAUGAGGAUGAGGAUGAGGAUGAGGAUGAGGGGCUUUCAGUGGACACCAGGCUGUACCACCAACACUGGGCCCAGAGUCCCACAGCACUGGUAGUGGGAGGAGAGACUGAAGGUCUAAGCAGUGCAGCCCUCCAGGUGGCACAAAAGACCAAAGGCCACAGGCUUUGUAUUCCCAUGGUUCCUGAAGUGGACAGUUUGAACUCAGCCAUGGCUGCUAGUAUCCUGCUGUUUGAGGGCAGGAAGCAACUCUUACAAGCAAUGCAAACUUCUACCAAGAACUGGUCAGCAAAAGCUGGUGGUCAGCUUUCUUGAUAUUUAACACCAUUGUUGUCUGAAAACUACACUUCUCUUUGCAGCUGAAAAUUAUUUUGUUUUUGGUGAUUAAUUGAAUAAAUAUUAUUUUCAAUC